GACAGGGGUUUGAGUCAAGAACCGUCUUUCCCGCUCUUGUUCACUCUCCUAUAUAAAUGCCUCUUCCUACUGGCACAAGCUCUUCACCACUACUCUUACUCUUCAGUUAGUUCCCAUUUCGAUAUCAUGAAUUUCAACUACUACGAUCAAGAUACCAACGAGUUUUGGUCCUCAUUUUCCCAAUCCUUCGUUGUUCCAGACCCUAGAGAUGAGUUUUAUCCUGCGAUAAGAAGCCCGAUAACGGCGAUGCCUAUAUCGAUGGCCGUUGAUGUGCCGGCUGAGCCAUGGAAGGUCCUUGAAGACGGUGAUAAUGAUAUUGCACUGUGGAAUAAUGCUGCAGCCGAAGUUGAUGCUAAAAACAAUGAUGAGCUGCUUCAAGCCAUAAUUGCUUGGAAACCGAUGGAGGAGGGUAAGGAGAAGGAGAAGGAGAAGGGGAAGGAGAGGAGAAGGAAGAUGUUGCUGUAG